CGCCCACUUCCUCCUGCUCGGGGCCGGGGACCCGCGGCAGCAAGCGGCGCUUCCAGAGCGCACCGGGCGGUGGCCAGACGGCCCCGGCCCAGCCUGCGAACGCCACUCCUGCGCUCCGAAGUCCGCCGUUCGCUUCGCUCUCCGGCCACCCGCAUGGACGCGGCGCCGAAGCGGAGCCGGCCGGAGGAGGCGGCCGAGCUCCCGCCGCCAGCCCGGGACUCGGAGGAGGAGGAGGAGGAGGAGGGGAUGGAGCCAGGGCUGGAGGAGGAGGAAGAAGUGGACCCCCGGAUACAGGGAGAACUGGAGAAGUUAAAUCAAUCCACGGAUGAUAUCAACAGACGGGAGACUGAACUUGAGGACAUUCGUCAGAAGUUCCGCUCUGUUCUGGUUGAAGCGACAGUGAAACUGGAUGAACUGGUGAAGAAAAUUGGCAAAGCCGUGGAAGAUGCGAAGCCCUACUGGGAGGCACGGAGGGUGGCGAGGCAGGCACAGCUGGAAGCCCAGAGAGCCACCCAGGACUUCCAAAGGGCCACGGAGGUGCUCCGUGCCGCCAAGGAGACCAUCUCCCUGGCCGAGCAGCGGCUGCUGGAGGAUGACAAGCGACAGUUCGACUCAGCCUGGCAGGAGAUGCUGAACCACGCCACCCAGAGGGUCAUGGAGGCGGAGCAGACCAAGACGAGGAGUGAGCUGGUGCACAAGGAGACAGCGGCCAGGUACAACGCAGCCAUGGGCCGCAUGCGGCAGCUGGAGAAGAAACUCAAGAGAGCCAUCAGCAAGUCCAAGCCUUAUUUUGAACUCAAAUCGAAGUACUACCUGCAACUUGAGCAGCUGAAGAAGACAGUGGAUGAGCUGCAGGCCAAGCUGGCCCUGGCGAAGGGCGAGUACAAGACGGCCCUGAGGAACCUGGAGACCAUCUCGGAUGAGAUCCAUGAGCGGCGGCGCUCCAGUGCCAUGGGGCCCCGCGGCCGUGGCGUCGGCGCUGAGGGGGGCAGCACAGCCACUGAGGACCUGUCAGGGGGCAAGCCCGAGCCCGAUGCUGUUUCUGUGGCCUCCGAGGCCUUCGAAGAUGACAACUGCAGCACCUUCGUGUCUGAAGAUGACUCGGAAACCCAGUCUGUGUCCAGCUUCAGCUCAGGACCCACAAGUCCGUCCGAGGUGCCUGACCGGUGCCCUGUGGCCGUGAGGCCGGGCAGCCUGGACCUGCCCAGCCCUGUGUCCCUGUCGGAGUUCGGGAUGAUGUUCCCGGUGCUGGGACCUCGCAGCGAGUGCAGUGGGGCCUCCUCUCCUGAGUGCGAGGUGGAGCGAGGAGACAGGGCAGAAGGGGCAGAAAAUAAAACGAGUGACAAAGCCGGCAGUCAUCGGGGUCUCGGCAGCAGCGGCGGUGACAACGGCAAGAGCCCGAGUGGCCCGUCCGAGGCCCGGGCCUUGGAGGACAGGAUGCGGCAGCUGUCCCUGCAGGGCUCCAAGGGCAGAGACGAGGUCCUCGUGGACAUGAGCAUGGUGCAGGUCGGCUGAUCCAGCCGUGGCUCUGGCCUAAGCACACAGCGAUAUUUAUACACGAAACUGUACGGAGAGCGUUGUGCCAAUAAUCCUUUGAUGUAUGCCAAAUCCUAGCAUUUCCUCUAAACUGCACUAAGAACGUUUCAGUGACCUUGAGGGCAGAAGAUGUUUCUUCUGGGUGACAGCUCUUGGGCUGGAGCGUUUUUCAGCGCAGAGGUGUCGUUGCAGGUGGGCUGUGAGCAGGCCCACAGCCUUUGUAGGACGUUCCUUGUCACCGUGUCAUGGAAGCAAUAACUGGUCCCUGGGAAAGACCCCGAGUCAGGAAAGGGGAUGGGAAACCGAGCCCGGCCAGGGUCAUCUGGGAAAAUGACCUGUUUUCUCCUUUAGAUCCCUUGGGAUCUAAAGGAAAAAAAUACAUGAGACAAAACUCAACACCUUUUUGACCCAGUGAAAGCUUUCCAAAAAAAAAAAAAAAAAAUCCGAGAACACAGUUCAUGUUCAUUAUCUCUGAUUUAUGGAGGGGGAUUUUAGAAGAGUAUAUUUGGUGGGACACCCAUUAAAAUCAUUUUCUAUAUAAGCUUACCAUGAGCUGCACUUUUUGGGGGUGGGAAAGGUGAAUGCUGGUCUGGGGAGGGGGACAAGGGCAGCAGGGGCCUGUCACAGAAGGGGGUUCGUGGCUGUUGGGGAGAAGGUUCUGUAGCAUAAACCUCAUCCCAUCAGCCAAGGGGACUUAUUCUAAGAGAAGUUGCAUGUGAGGAAUGGUUGCCAGUGUUCUAGAUCGACAAGGUGUUAAUUUCUCCAUAGGUUGUAACUUUAACAAUAAAUUAUGAUGCACUAGUAUUUCUUAGAGGAAACUGUUCCUUCCAGCUAGGAAAGGGAGUAGGCAUGUGUUGGCAAAGGCUGUUAAAUAGAAGCAGUGGCGUCUGUUAUGCUAAUAGUAUGUUAUGUGACUGCUGUUCUUGUUUUCAUGGUUACAUGCAUUUAGAGCUUUGUAUUUCAUUUGUCCUUUUCUGUUAAAACUUCGAUUUUUAAAAGAAAAAAAAGCAACCCCAUUCAAGUUGUCCAUUAAUUCUGUCAGCUUAUAUAUCUGUCAUUUGUAAAUCUCUUCAUACUAUCGUGUUUUCUCCUUUUUUAAUGAUUGAUACAGUAUCCUAAUUAUGAGGUUAUUUUGUACUUGUCUUAAUACCUUGAGUGUAAUAAAAAUGGCUUAAGAAAAUGUCUAACUUUCUUUGACUUCCAUCAGAAAUCCUGAUGUUGCCUAAAUCUUCUGUUCCUAGGCAACCUUCUUGCCAUAAUGAAGAGCAUGGAAUGCAAUGGCCAUUUGUUCUUUUAUUCACUUAGGGUCCUGGAUCCUAAUAACUUAAGCCCUGAUUACCAGGUUUGAACUAGAAUUCCACUUCACUACUAAAGCCGAGUAAUGCGGAGAUGCACUGACAGGAAAGCAAAGAUGAGGUGCUCAAGCUGGAGGCCUCUGAGUCUCCUAGGCCUCAGCCCUAGAGGCUGAGUAAGUGACUCCAAUACACUUGGGCACUGGACUUUGAGAAGCUCCCCAGCUGAUUCUACUCUUUCUGUACUGGUCCAGCCGAAAUGAAUCUUUCCCUUCCUCGUACGUUGUAGGCUCUACUUAGAGCUGUUACAAAAGUCAGCAUUACAUACAGUACAGUAAACUGUUUAUAUAAGUCUCCAUUGGAUUUUUGAGGGCAGGAGUUAGGUCUUAGUUUGCAUUCUAUAUAAGAUCUUUUGACACAAAAGGUUCAAGUCAUAGUUAUAAUAAAUAUACUUAUGCUUUAGACUUUUCUUUUGAAAAAUCACAGAAAAUCCACUAAAAUAUGCUAAAAGUGAAAGCACCAAAAAUAUUUACCAAAGUGAAAUUUCAUUAGUGCAACAAUCUAACACCACCCUGAAUGUAAAAGAAGCCUUUUUUUUUUCAUGAACAUGUGAAUUUUCCUGCAGUAAUAACUUCUCUUUAGAUGGAAUGUACCAAAGGAAGUCCUUUAAUAAUUUCUCUAGGUUAAACUAUGCAAUUUCCGUAAGUAUAAACAAACAUUUUAUUUCAAUGAAAGGUAAUAGAAAUACAAAAUAAGGAGUUUUUAAUAGAGAUGAUGAAAAACGCCACUGAAAUCAUUUUUAGAUCUUUAAAAUAUUAAGCAUCAUUCUACUCUGAUGAAUUUUUAUGUAAACAACUGGGAAUUUACACAUGACAGUAUCUUGGCAUUUUUUUUCCCAAUGCAACCCACUCGCCAUAUAUUAAAUUCUCAAUUGUAUUUUCUUUCAAGUGCUGUUACCGUAAGAGCACUGAACUACAGAACUAUUAAAGAAAGACUAUAAAAA